UCAUUCCCCCCCCCCCCCUCCGCCCCCCCCGGUCCCUCACCGCCCCCCGCUUCCCCGCCCCCGCCACCGCUACCGCCUUCCCCCCGUUCCGCGCCCCUUGCGCGUUGCGGUGGAAGCGGGGGGGGGGGCGGCCCGGCGGGGAAGGUUUCCCGGUAUGGCCCCGGUAUUGCUGCGGUUGCUGGCGGUGGCGGUGGUGGCGGGGGGGUGGGUGGAAGCGCAGCCCCCCGCCUCCGAGCCCGCCUGCCCCGUGUGUCUCUGGCGGCGGCACAGCAAGGAGCUGCGGCUGGAGAGCAUCAAGUCGCAGAUCCUGAGCAAGCUGCGGCUGAAGGAAGCGCCCAACAUCACCCGGGAGGUGGUGAAGCAGCUGCUGCCCAAGGCCCCGCCGCUCCAGCAGCUCCUCGACCUCCACGACUUCCAGGGGGACUCGCUGCAGCACGACGAGUACCUGGAGGAGGACGAGUACCACGCCACCACCGAGACCGUCAUCAGCAUGGCCCAGGAAACGGACCCCGUGGUGCAGAUCGAGGGCAACCCCCAUUGCUGCUUCUUCAACUUCAGCCCCAAGAUCAUGUUCACCAAGGUGGUGAAGGCGCAGCUGUGGGUGUACCUGCGGCCGGUGCAGCACACCUCCACCGUCUACCUGCAGAUCCUCCGCCUGAAGCCGGUGACGGAGGAAGGCAGCCGCCACAUCCGCAUCCGCUCCCUGAAGAUCGACCUCAAUUCCCGCAUCGGGCACUGGCAGAGCAUCGACUUCAAGCACGUGCUGCAGAACUGGUUCAAGCAGCCGCAGAACAACUGGGGCAUCGAGAUCAACGCCUUCGACCCCAACGGCAACGACUUGGCGGUGACUUCGCUGGGACCCGGGGCCGAAGGGCUGCACCCCUUCAUGGAGCUGCGGGUGCUGGAGAACAACAAGCGCUCGCGGCGGAACCUGGGGCUGGACUGCGACGAGCACUCGACCGAGUCGCGCUGCUGCCGCUACCCCCUCACCGUCGACUUCGAGGCCUUCGGCUGGGACUGGAUUAUCGCCCCCAAGAGAUACAAAGCCAACUACUGCUCGGGGCAGUGCGAGUACAUGUUCAUGCAGAAGUACCCCCACACCCACCUGGUGCAGCAGGCCAACCCCCGGGGCUCGGCGGGGCCCUGCUGCACCCCCACCAAGAUGUCCCCCAUCAACAUGCUUUACUUCAACGACAAACAGCAGAUCAUCUACGGCAAGAUCCCGGGCAUGGUGGUUGACAGAUGCGGAUGCUCUUAGAGCCCGGCUGGUGCUGCCCCUCCGCCCCGUGCCCCCCUCCACCAACAAACUCCUCUUCCACUGUUUUUUGGGUUUUUUGUUGGUUUGGGUUUUUUUUUAAA